AUGCCUUCGGGCGAUCUUGUGGAGUUCGGGAAGUUAGUUUCAAAAGCGAAGAACCUGUUUGUAAUAACCGGUGCUGGUAUUAGUGCCGAGAGUGGGAUUCCGACAUUUCGUGGCGCGGAUGGAUUCUGGCGGAAAUACUCAGUCACCAAUUUGGCCACACGCGAAGCAUUUCAUUAUAAUCCGAGCUUAGUUUGGGAGUUUUAUCACUAUCGUCGAGAGUUGGUUUCCAAAAAAUCACCCAAUGCAGGUCACUAUGCUAUCAGGGAUCUGGAGAAGUUGUUUACUACUACUGGUCGGUCAUUCACCCUGGCGACGCAAAAUGUUGACGGUUUUCAUUUCUUAGCCGGAAAUAAAAACGUAAUUGAACUUCAUGGUAGUCUCUUCAAGGUCCGCUGUUUAGAGUGCGGAAUUGUUGUGGAAAAUCGGGUUAAUCCCAUCUGUCCGGCUUUGGCAGGUCGAGGGGCUUCAGAUGUCUCAGCUAAUUCGGGAGCUAUCGCCGUAAAAGAUCUGCCACACUGCGGAGAGUGUGGGGGUCUCUUGCGUCCGCAUGUGGUGUGGUUCAACGAACACCUCCUUCCAGACGAUUUGAGGGCAGCACAAGCCGCAGCGGCUGCAGCCGACGUUUGUCUGGUAGUAGGCACCAGUUCGGUUGUCUACCCCGCCGCGGGACUGCCUAUCUCUAUCGCCGCUCGUGGUACUCCUGUGGCCGAGGUCAAUGUGGAGCCCACGCCGAUCACUCCCAGCGUUGCUUUGAACAAUAAAAACAUCCCACCGACUCAAGGUUUCCUGACCGCCUCUGCCUGUUGUCGAGAUACUUUUGCGGUAGAAUAUAGACGCAAUGCCGUGUGGGUUCUGAACUUUUUUGCUGAGACACAGGGGGCUUUACAGCGAAGCAGUUUUGUUCCGCUACUGGUAUAG